UCUGUCAUUUUUACGUCAAAUAUGUCACAACACGUAAACACAAAUAAUGGCUUAAAACGGUUAUUUAUCCCGAAAUUUGGUUUUCAGAGCGAUUUAAUGUGAAUCCGUGUGUGUAAAAAUGCGAAAACGGCAUUUUUGGUUAUCAUUUUUUCUCUUAUUGAGUGUCACCCUUGGCGAGGAAUUUGAGACAAAACGCGAGAAAAUCGCCACCACUGAAUUGGCACACGAAACCGACGAGCGACUCCUAGUUUUCGCGACUUUAAGCGGCGAUUUGGUGGGCGUUGAGUCCCAAACCGGUCGAAUCCGAUGGAAAAUCAAAGACAAACCCAUCGUUCAAGUCCCGGUCGACACCACAAACGCCAUCAUCCCCAUUUUUCUACCAGAUCCACGAGACGGUUCUUUGUAUUUAUUGGGGAAUAACCGAGAACCGUUAAAAAAACUCCCAUUUACCAUCCCACAAUUGGUGGCAUCGUCGCCAUGUCGCAGCUCCGAUGGUAUCUUCUACACGGGGAAAAAGAAAGACACGUGGUUCAAACUCGACCCAAUCACCGGUCGAAAAGAACAAGUUUUGGGAUGGGACCCCAGUCCCACGUGUCCCAUCGAAUCAAAAAAAUUCGUUUUUAUCGGACGCACCAAAUACGACAUUAUGAUGGUUGACAGUAAUAAUAAGUUGCGUAAAUGGAACGUCACUUUUUACGAUUAUACAGCACAAACAAUGUCCAAGGAAGAAAUGAACAAUUACGAUUUGGUGCAUUUUGCGUCGAGUUCAACCGGUCGGUUGGUAACAAUGGACCGUCGACGUGGUAACCUCCUAUGGGAUAGCGAUCUGGGAAGUCCCGUCGUGGCUGCAUACGUACUUGAUUCAGAUGGGUUAUUAGUGGCCCCAUUUACGAGUCUUGCCAAUCACACUUUGAAUUAUUUAACGACGGAAUUGUUGAGUCACGUGGGACCCCAACCCCAACGAAUGAAACUAUACCCCACUUUGUAUGUGGGUGACCACAGGUACGGUCUUUAUGCCAUUCCGUCGCUCGUCGAUCAAAAUGUGGUCACUAUAACCGCCUCAGAUGGGGGACCUUUGCUACUAGGGGGGCCCCAUGCGCCUGAUUUACCCAAACCCUACCCCGAGUACCCCAUCCCGGGAUACAACUACCGGCUACCUUCAAAUAUGUAUGAAGGGGACCCGAUUACGUUUCAAAGCAUCCCGAAUUUUGUUAUUUAUGUUGGUCAUUAUAACGUCCCGAAAUACACCGAAACGAAAUUCUUAUUGGGUGGGAGUAACCCUAAAUUUCACCUUCUGACCGAUGAAAGUGACUCAAAUGAGGCACCGCCCCCAAAAUCAAUUGGAAUUCAAACCGAAGAGAAUGAAAAAAAAGCCCAAACCAACCGUUUCAAAACUUACUACAAAUCGCUGAAAUUGUGGGUAAAUCAGCAGGAAAAUAAAGGUUUGAAGUUGGUUUUGAUCAUUUUGGUGGGUUGCGUCAUUGCUAUGUUUUGGUACUUGCAAGUGCAAGUCCGUGAGUUCCAAAACAUGUCCCAGAAUGGUUCACGUUCAAGUCAGCAAAACUCCUUUGGUAAAAACUCCUCAAUCACCGCAUAUUCGGAGGAGUUGCCCGAUGGGUUGGUUCGUGUGGGUAAAAUAACCUUCCAUCCGGACCAACUCUUGGGUAAAGGUUGUGAAGGUACUUUUGUGUAUCGAGGGGAAUUUGAUAGUAGACAAGUGGCGGUGAAACGCCUACUUCCCGAAUGUUUUACAUUCGCCGAUCGGGAAGUUGCCCUAUUGAGGGAAAGUGAUGCUCAUCCCAAUGUCAUAAGGUACUAUUGCAUGGAACAAGAUAGAUUGUUUAGGUACAUUGCCCUCGAGUUGUGCCAAGCGACUUUAAUGGAAUACGUGCAAGGGAAAUGCGACAGGACGAUGAUUAAACCAUUGGAUAUCCUCAGACAGGCCACUUCGGGUCUCAGACACUUGCAUUCACUCGAUAUUGUCCAUCGUGAUAUUAAGCCCCACAAUGUGCUGCUUUCCGUCCCCAAUAGUCACGGCGAAGUCAAAGCAAUGAUCUCAGAUUUCGGUUUGUGUAAAAAACUCCAAGUGGGAAGAGUUUCGUUUUCGCGACGGUCCGGAGUGACCGGAACCGACGGUUGGAUAGCACCGGAAAUGCUCAACGGAAACGAACGAACGACUUGUGCCGUGGACUUGUUUUCACUCGGUUGCCUUUUUUACUACGUUCUAUCGAACGGUUUGCACCCAUUCGGGGACAAUUUACGACGACAAGCCAACAUCUUGAGUGGUGAUUAUAAUUUGGACGAUCUUCAAGGCGAAGAAUGGCAAAUUAAUCUCCAGAAACCGUUAUUAGCGGCGAUGAUUUCGUCCAAACCGAACGAAAGGCCUUCUUGUGGUGCUAUUUUGAAACAUCCCAUGUUUUGGGAUAGCGGAAAAAUUUUAGCUUUUUUCCAAGAUGUCAGCGAUAGGGUCGAAAAAGCCGAAAUUGAUGACUCAGUUUUACAAAAUUUAGAAAAAAUGAACUUUACGAUUGUUAGAACUGACUGGAGGAUGCACAUCCAUGAAGAAGUCGCCACAGAUUUGCGAAAAUAUCGCUCAUAUAGAGGAGAAUCAGUGCGGGACCUUCUACGAGCACUUAGAAACAAAAAACACCACUUUCGGGAGUUGACUAAAGAAGCUCAAACUCUUUUAGGGGAAAUCCCUGAUUCUUUUACGAACUACUGGACGAAGAGAUUUCCGCUUUUAUUAGUGCAUUCGUGGUUGGCCAUGCAAUGCGUUUCGGACGAAACAGCCUUUCAGCAUUACUACCACGAGACUUACAAAUAUUCCUAUCAGAAUUUCUUGCAACAGAUUCAGAAUUAUAUCGUCGAAAAGUCCGAUUUUUGUGUUGGGAUAAAAAAUCGACUUUUCGAUACAAAUUCACGGAAAAAUGUGGGACUUUACCGGAAUUUAGCACCGGAAGAAGUCGUAGAUGUGAACGAAGUGAAUGUUACGAUAACUGAUCGUAGAUUUAAGAAAAGUGAAGUACGGAUUAGGAGCAAGAAAAGGGCAUCGAAACGGGACGAACCCCUAGUCUGGGCCAUAAGACAAGAUAAAUAAGUACAAGUUUGGUAAUUUUAAGGAAUCACUGUGAUAAUUGUAGCACUUUGUUUUUAAGGACCAAUUAAUGUUAAUCGUUGCCAAAUAUAUUUUCUAUAUGGA